UUGUUCUCCGGCCGAGCGGGAGUCUUCGUUCUCCGGCCGAGCGGGAGUCUUCGCCCUCCGCCGAGUGGAGGAAGGGCAGUGCCGUAAGUCGCCUUUCGUGGACCGGGACAGGCGUCUCGAUUGAGAAAUCGAACAGCUCGUUACAAUUUUGAAGAGAACGGGGUUUUUUUACAUCCUGCUAGAAGAUGUCAAGGAAAAGCUCUAGGGAUCCCAAGAAAGGAAAUGUCUCCAGCUCUUUGGAAUCAGAAGACAUUAGUUUAGAAACGACCUUACCCACUGAUGAUGUCUCCUCAUCCGAAGAUCGGGAAGGUACCGUCAAAAUUACUAGACAACUUAUAGAGAGGAAGGAAUUGUUGCACAAUGUCCAGUUACUAAAAAUUGAGCUUUCUCAGAAGAACUUGAUGCUGGAUAACUUGAAAGUGGAGUACUUGACAAAGAUUGAAGAACUAGAAGAGAAACUUAAUGAUGCAGUCCAUGAGAAACAACUGCUGUCUUUACGACUAGAUAACCAGCUGGCGUUACAGCAAGAAGAUGCUAGAAAACAUCAAGAACUAAUGAAACAGGAAAUGGAGACCAUCUUAUUGCGCCAAAGGCAACUGGAAAAGAACAAUCAUCAGUUACGGGAGCGCUCUGGAGAUAUACGUCGUAGCCUGCGUGACCUUGAAUUGAGCGAAGAAUAUUACGCCAAACUCAAAUCUCUUUCAGAGGAUGAACUUUCUAUUCCUGAAUAUGUUUCUAUUCGAUUCUAUGAAGCGGUGCAUCCUUUAAAGAACGAGAUCGGUGAACUGCAGGCCAAGAAGGAGGCAGCCUGGGAAGAACUGAACGAGUACAAGUCUCAGCUGAAGCACUUGUUAGAGAGUUAUGAAAUGGAACGAAAAAAUCGGUCGGAGACUGAAGUGCGAUGUCAGCGCUUAACCAUUGAACUGGCUGAUACAAAGCAAAUGAUUCAGCAAGGUGACUACAGACAGGAGAACUAUGAUAAAAUAAAAAGUGAGCGGGAUACUUUUGAACAUGAAUUUUCAGAGCUCCGAAGGAAAUACGAAAUACUAGAGGUUUCCCAUAAGGCCAUAACUGCCGAAAGGAACGAUAUAUCCAAAGAGGCUACUGCUUUGCAGCAAUCCGUGACGUUGUUGCAAAAGGACAAGGACUACCUCAACCGACAGAACAUGGAGCUCAGCGUCCGCUGUGCUCACGAAGAAGACCGCCUCGAAAGGCUUCACAUGCAGCUAGAAGACACCAAAAAAGCCAGAGAGGAAAUGUAUGAGAAAUAUGUCACGUCCAG